AUGGCGCAGAUGAAAUUGGAGGGGGUGUCCAUUAACGACUCCCCUGCUCCCCACACGACCUAUGCCCAGGGCUCUCAGCCCUCCCCCAGCCUCCCCCAUGGCAGCCGGGGCCUCCGCCCUCCUCCAGCUGGGACUGGCUGGGUGCAGCCCGAUGCCCAGCUGUUCAGCCAGUGCCCUUCUCCACAGGGCGACCUCACCCUUCCUCUGCUAAGCCCCUCUUCUGCCACAUCCGCAUUCCUACAGCCUCCUAGGCCCUUUGGCCCUGUUCCUGACCUUGGAGGACAGAGGGCAGAGUCUCAGGACGGUGACAAGGUACUGGAAGGCGAGGAGUGUGCUCCCCAUUCACAGCCAUGGCAAGUGGCCAUCUUUGAGCGUGGCCGGUUCAACUGUGGUGGCUUCCUCAUCUCCUCACACUGGGUGCUGACUGCCGCCCACUGCCAAACCCGCUUCAUGAGAGUGCACCUGGGUGAGCACAACCUUCGUAAGCGUGAUGGCCCAGAGCAAGUGCGGUUCGUCUCUAGAAUCAUCCCACAUCCAGGCUACGAGGCUCUUACCCAUCGGCAUGACAUCAUGUUGUUGCGACUUCUCCAGCCUGCCCUGCUGUCACGACAGGUGCGCCCUGUGCCUCUGCCCACACGUUGCCCCUUUACUGGCGAGGAGUGCAUGGUGUCAGGCUGGGGCCUGUUAUCAGACAGCAAGCCUGGAGCCGCAGAGAGCCACAAGCCACAAGUGAGACUCCCCGAUACGUUGCAUUGUGCCAACAUCAGCAUUAUCUCCGAAGCAUCUUGCAACAAGGACUACCCCGGUCGAGUGUUGCCCACCAUGGUGUGUGCUGGCGUAGAGAACGGUGGCACAGACUCCUGUGAGGGUGACUCUGGAGGGCCCUUGGUCUGUAGUGGUGCUCUGCAGGGCAUCGUAUCCUGGGGUGACGUCCCCUGUGAUACUACCACUAAGCCUGGCGUCUACACCAAAGUCUGCAGCUACUUGAAGUGGAUCCGGAAAAACAUGAAAAGGAACUGAGUCAUUGGCCCAGGACCUAGGUCCCUCACUGACCACCUGGGACCCUGACCAAGAAUCCCCCAUAGCCGGUCAGCAACCCCAUUCCUCCUGG